CACUGAGGCAGAUGAAGAGCCACCACUGAUUCAGGCGCAACUCCAGUCCUGAUCCAAAUAAUGUGGCUGGUGUGGUGCUGAGAUGGAUACAACUACACUCCUGGUUAAACUAUUUCUAACAGUGAAGACCUGAAAAGGGAAUGUCCUUAUUCACUUCAUUUGAGGUGAAAGCACAUUAUCCUUCACUAUCUGAGAAAGAUCAGCUGCGACUCAGGCCAUGUCAUUUCCCAAGAUCUAUUUCUCCAAAGGAUUUCAUAUGGAUUCUCCACAACAGCAUCGUGUCAGUAUUCCCAGGUAUCCUCCUUCACACCACUCCUCCAAGAACACAAAACUGGAGAAGCCACUUGUGGAUUAUUCCUUGAAAGAAAAUCCAGUUCUUCUAGGUGAAGUACUGGCCAUAAUCGAACCAGUGAGUAAAGAAAUGGAACAAGAAAAAAAUAAACAGCGUGGAUCUACCAGAAUUUCAGAGUUAAUCAGUUUUUCCUCAACCUCUCCUGGACUGUUCCCAUGGUCAACAACUGCUGAUGUUCCUUGGCUGAAAAACAGAGGGAUAUCAGACCAAGAUGGGAAAGAACCUAUAUCAUGGAAAUCUUUUCAUUCAGCUUACAGAGGAAAAUAUAGUAGCAUAUCUCCGCAAUCAUCAGUAUUAAUGCAACUGUACGAUGAGAUCGCAAAACCUAAGCGAGAAAACAAGCCAGCUUCCAAGAAAAAAGAGAAGAAACCUAGGCACAAAUCAGUUUUCUUGAAAACUGAUAGUAAAGUCAAAAGAAUUGGGCCACACAUAGAUAUCUACGAAGCCUUCCGAAGUAAGAAGAAGAUCCCUAGCAACAAAAGUGCCACGAAAGCAGCUGUCUCUAUUCAGCGCUAUGUCCGAGGGUGGCUAGAACGUAUAAGGCUGAAAAGAGUAAAGAUCAAGGCUAUAGAUCAUGGCCCAUCUCUUGAAGCAGUGAUAAAAUCAUACCGUAAAAUGAUGCAUCGCAUUCAGCGUCGAUCUGGCAUACUCAGACCAUUUACAUACAUCUCAUUGCUAGAGUUAGAGGAAUGGAUGGACAAAAAAAAAUAUUAUGAAACUAUGUUUUCCAAGAGGGAAUUUUGGCAAGCAAUGGAUAGAAGUGAGCUCCCUAAGUAUUUCAGAGACUGUGGUCAUUUUCCAACCCAACAACAGUUAGAUGACACCUGGUUCCUGAUCCACACUAAUCUCAAUGAAGCCACAGGUGACCAAAUUAAAAAGGCCAAAGCAGUUGAAAUGGUGUUCACCCUCUAUCCUCCCACUGGGGCCCAUGUAAGCUCUACUUGGGCCCCUCGGUCUACCUGGUUGAGGCCUAUAGUCGAUGGAGAAGAAGGAUAUGAUUACUUGGUGAGAGGACAUCCCAUACUAAAGAAAGCUGACAUUCGGAUUGUUGGGAAGUUAGUGGCGAAAUCCAUGAGAGAGGGGAAAAUGAAAUCCAUUAGUUUUGGGUUUUUCGAUUAAAGAAUGGAACAUGUUGAUGUUGCCCAAAUGAUGGGAUUCAUCUGCCGUGUUUAGUGGGGAAACAAUAAGGUAGCCCAUGCCAUCUUUGAAAAGAUCCCAUGAUGACCAAGGAAAAAGAAAAACAAGUCUAUAAAUAAUGAAGGUUUCUUAGACUAUGGCAAGCCUUGCAGCCUAUCAGAGUUAUUGGUUAACACCAUUAUUUUAGGCCAUAUUUGAAAAAAAAAAAAGCCUCUGUUAUACCAUGGCAAUUGAAUUAAACUUCAUC